UCAAAGGAAAAGAGGAAGACCAAACAACACAUGACACCAAGAAAUGGAGACAGACAUGAGAAAAAUGAACAACAAUUGGAUCGAACUAGAAAGGAAGGCCCAGAGUAGAUUGGAUUGGAGAAUGCUGGUCGGCGGCUUAUGCUCCAUUGGUAGUAACAGGCCUAUCAAAGAAAAAAGUCAUAGACAUAUAUUUUUCAUAUAACUAUAAAUACAAAUGUACAACAUAAGUAAAUGAUUUCAUUGUAUCACCGGUAUUCAUGCCUAAAAUAUUGUUUUUGUCCAGCUGAAAUACAUAAAUAUUUCUUUCAUAAAACCAAAAGAAUAUCUUUCUUUUGAGAUCGACAAUUACAUAAUCACAAAUUGUAUUUAUAUUUUGCCUCUUUACAAUGAUAAAUCAUUGGAUACAUAUCAGUACAAUGUUAUUCAUUUAAUGAUUAGGAUUAAAAUAUUUAUUACCUUUAACAAUAUACCACCAUUUCAUUCAUACCAUUACACCAAAAUUAAUUUUAUUAUCUAUAUAGAUACUACUCAUAUUAUUCAUUUCUAAGUUUAUAUCAUGUUGAAUGUAUCAAUUUCAUUACAUAAACUAAAAACAAAACGAAAUACAAGUUAUUUUAUUUACACUAACCGAAUGUAUUAAGUUGUAGUCGAUGUAUCAAAUUAUAUUAUUUACAGAAUAUUCAACCAAUAUGAUUAACUAUUGGUUUCAACCCUUCUGUUGUAUGAUUGUUGGAUUUCUAAUAUUAACCAGUUAUAUUAAUUGUAUGGACUCUAAUGAUGAUCCUUCAGAUAUCAGUGCAGAUAAACGCUUUCUGUUAGCUUUACCAACACCUAAAAGGUUAAGCCAACCUUCAUAUACAUUUAACCGUUACAGACGUCCAAUGUAUGGCUAUGGCUAUAGACCAGAUUAUAUUGAUUCUGAUGAAGAUUUAGUCAAUGAAGAUAAAAGAUUUCUACUUGGUCUACCGCCUAAAGUUGAAUAUAAACGUUUUCUACUUGGUUUACCACCAUCACAUAGGCAACAUAAAAGGUUCAUUUUAGGGCUACCAGCACCAACUAGAUUUCAUUCAUAAACGAAGAUAGUUUUAAGCACGUGAAUGUCUACACACAUAUGCAAACAAAAAAUGUUACCAUACAUCUAUUUAUUCAUUAUUUAACAUGUCUGAAUAAUAAAUUAUAAAAAUGAAGUUUU